AUGGACUCUGGCAGUCCACGAAAGCGCGCUCUUCUUAUCGGUAUUGAAUACAUUCGGUCCACAAACCCGGAGCUCGGGCGUCUUACAGGGCCUGCAGAAGAAACGGAGAAGCUAGCUUCGCUUCUACGAAGGCAGUAUGGUUACUAUCCAGAAGACAUAAUCACAUUGACAGAUAAAGACAAGAACUUCCUUCGACAGCCAACACGAGAGAAUAUACUCCGCGAGAUUGAUGAUCUAGUGGCGGACGUUGAGCCAGGCGAUCGGAUCCUAUUCCACUAUUCUGGCCACUGUGGACAAUAUCCUCGACUAGACGGUACUGAGGAAGACAACCUAGACGAAGCGAUAGAAGCACUAGAUGGCCCUAUUCUGGAUGAUAUAUUAAAAGAGCAUCUAGUUGAUCCGCUACCAGCUGGAUCCACACUUGUGGCCAUACUCGAUACAUGCCACUCUGAAACGCUGCUUGACCUUCCUCAUUAUCACUGCAACAGAGUUUACGUGCCGUUGAAACACACAGGCAGUAACUUGAAUGAGGAUGACUAUACGACCCCCAAUUGGAGACUACAGCGCCUGAAAGGAAUGAACGCCCCUCGCCGCAAGUUUCCUAUGAGGCCCGCAAAAUCAGCCUACAGCACUUAUACGAAUAUGAAGGCCAUGUCUUUGUCCAUACGAAUCCCGAGACGGACGAGUCUGGCGGUUCUACCUGACGAUGCGCAGUGUUCUUCCUCGGAUAGCGAAAUCACAGAGUCUCCGAUGCAGGAAGUCCAUCAUCAUUGCCCGCCCACCCCCGGGCUAAAUGAUCUGAAGCCUACCGUGAUUGCCAUCUCUGCGGCCAAAGAUUCCCAAUCAAGCUAUUUCUCAAUAACUACGGUAGGCUUUAAGCGUAUCGUGCUCGAGCGCCGAGAACUCCCUCUCGAGGACCUAAUCACUCAACUUAGGUAA